GACCAACAUCAUUGACUAUUUUAACCUCACAUUUUCCUGACAUAUAACUUGCUGAUCUCUACCUGAGAAUCAUGUCUGGAGUUAAGGGAGGACAACAGAAGAAAUGCCAAGAACCAUGCCCAGAGCCAUGCCCUCCACCCCAGCAAUGCCACAAGCCUUCCAAGCCAGUGUGUCCUGAACCUGUGCAAAAAUGUCCACCUCCUCAAGCUUGUAAGCCAGUGUGCCCUGAACCAGUGCAAAAAUGCCCACCUAUUCAAGAACCUUGCAAGCCAAUCCAACAGUGCCCCCAGGACAAGCAAUGCGUGAAGAAAUGAUUGAAGCGUUUCAAACCAUCUUUAUCAUUCAAAAGAACUAUUUCUCCAAAAAAUACACAUGUAUAAAUUAAUUGUUUAAUUAU